UCCAGCCCCACGUCAAGAAGUCAGAAGCUCUGCUGUCUCCGCUCACACCUCCAUUCACCUCGUGCCUGCUAUCAACAUGACCCUCAUCCCCGCCUCCCGCCUGCUGACCAAGCGCGCCGGCGCCUUCGCGCUGUCCGCCUCGAGCCGCAGUGUGUACACCAAGGGGCUCGCGAAGGACAUGAUGGAGAAGUCGUGCUACAACGGCGUGAACUUCAUCAUCCCCGAGAAGGCCACCGUGUUCGAGGCGAUCACGCGCAUGGCCGGCAUCAACCUGGGCUGCCUCGCCGUCAGCGGCGAGGGCGGCAAGUUCGUGGGCGUGGUCACGGAGCGCGACUACCUGAAGAAGGUGGAGCUCCAGGGGCUCACCGCGAAGAACACCCUCGUGGGCCAGAUUAUGACGCACCGAGCCCGGCUCAUUGUCGCCGGGGAGAGCGAAACCCCGAACCAGCUCAUGUCGAAGAUGCUCUCGAGCGACGUCCGCCACCUGCCCGUCAUUAACGGCGACGGCGACUUGACCGGCAUGCUUUCUAUCAAGGACCUCGUGCGCGAGAUCAACCGCGAGCACGACGCCGACAUGGACACGCUCAGCAACUUCGCACUGGGCCACGGUGGCCACUUUGUGCUGGACUAAGCCCGCUCCCAAAUCCCGUCGAUGUGUUCUUCUAUCUACACGCAGCGACCUCAGAGCGCUCUGGACUCUGGUUGAUUCGAUCAGAGCAAGCUGGAUGAAGCGUGAAGUCUGCUGCACGCAGUCGCA